ACGAGUAUUACAUAUAUGUAAAAGUAUUUAAUUAAAUCACCUUGAAGUACACAUUGAAAUGCCAACAAAGUGUCGCUUGCAACAUUGUGCUGCAAAAAUCGCCGUGAAAUUUUGAAAAAAGCGCAGAAAGUGAAACAACGUAUAAGUGUUUCUAUGUGAAAAAGAUUUUCAAAACUAACUGUGAAUAAAAAUACAAACAAUAACAAAUACAACGGAAAAUAUUUUAUGGAGUGAAAGCAACUGAAAGUUUUAAGUGUUAACUUGUGGAAGCUCAGAAAGUUUUAUUCAUUGAACCAAACACGACGAUGAAAGUUUAAGUGAAUUUCGAAUUAUCUAUGGGGAGUUAUAUAAAGCGUGAGAUCGAAAAAAGAAAUUUCAUCAGUGAUAUGUGAAAGGCAACAACAAAAUUCUACAAAAUAAUUUAAGAAAAGUGAAAAGUGUGCAAACCAUUUAAACACCCAGCUCCCUAACAUUAAUCAAUCAAAUCGAUUAGACUUCAAGCAAAUAGUGUGGCGUGUGCGUGAAAUUUAAGUGAAAUUGCCAAAUCAUCGUUCACCGCGUUUAGAUGAUUAUGCAUGGUACCUGGUACAAGGGACCACAACUGGCGCAUCGCACACAUACCCACAGCGAUUACCAUCGGGAUUAUACACCAACUCAUCAUCAAGCCCACCAUCUACAUCCACACCAUUCUCACCAUCAUCAGGCACCGCCGCCGCCACCACCACCACCGACGCAUUUACAUUCGCAUUCUCAUCAUCCACACCCGUAUCGUUCGUAUCCUUCGUUUGUUGUUGCACCGUAUCAUGAGUCGCCGCCCAGCGCUGCGCCAACACCCGCAUCCACGCCAAUACCAACGCAUACGCCUGCAGCGUGCUUGAACGGUGUGCCGGCACCAAUACUGGUGGAAGGCACCUUUGCCGCCGCUGCUGUGUCCAAUUCAGCCGUCGGCAUCAAUCAAUUGGCGUCGGUGUUGAGUCCAACAAUUAAAAUUGAACAACCUUUUGGUGAACCGCUAUCGGUGGAUGAGUAUGCGCUGAAUUUGGAUUGCAACAUCGAAAAUACUUUUCGGGAACAACAGCAAAAACACAUACUCAAAUAUAGCGACAAUAAUAAUGCACCGCUGCUGUCAGCGAAGCGCGCAGCGGCCAUUCUUAUUGCUGGCACUGCCGUUGCAGCCGCUGCCGCUGAUGUCCUUAUACCAGUCGGCAGCGGCAGGAGCUGA